CGUCAUAAUACACUCAAAACAAAAAUCCCACGUCCAAUUUUCCCUUCUCUGAUCUGGGUUUUCUCCAUUAUCUUUGAAUUCUAGCUCCAUUGUGUUGUUUUCCUUAAAAAGAAAGAGAGAAAAAUAAUGACGGUCGGGUCGGGGUUAACGGUGGCGGACGGGAAGCUGACGGUGAAGGGGAAGACGGUUCUGGUGGAUGUUAAAGACAACAUUUUCGUUACUCAGCUGGCCGAUGGCGGCGCUUUGGCGGACGGCGCCUUCCUCGGCGUCACCUCCGAUCAGAUGGGCAGUCGCAGGGUCUUCCCUCUUGGCAAGCUUUCGGGAUUGCGGUUCAUGUGCCUUUUUCGGUUCAAUUUGUGGUGGGUGACGCAGAGGAUGGGGAAUUGUGGGCGAGAUAUUCCGUUUGAGACUCAGUUUUUGAUCGUGGAAGUGAACGACGGGUCUCACAUCGAUGACGACCAAUCUGCGCUCUACACCGUCUUCUUACCGAUUCUUGAGGGCGACUUUAGGGCCGUCCUUCAAGGGAACGAACGUGACGAGCUCGAAAUCUGCUUAGAAAGCGGAGAUCCUGCCGUGGACGAAUUUAUCGGUAGUCAUUUGGUCUUCGUUGGAGUUGGAUCAGACCCUUUUGAUGUUGUUACAAAUGCGGUGAAGACUGUGGAGAAACAUUUACAAACAUUUUGCCAUCGCGAGAAAAAGAAGAUGCCGGACAUGUUGAACUGGUUUGGUUGGUGCACAUGGGACGCGUUCUACACCGAAGUUACUUCGGAGGGCGUGAAGCAAGGGUUGGAGAGCCUAGACAAAGGGGGAACGCCUCCGAAAUUUGUCAUAAUCGACGACGGGUGGCAAUCAGUCGAGAUGGAUUCCAAUGGUACUGCAUACAAUGCCGAUAACACUGCAAACUUUGCAAACAGGUUAACAAAUAUUAAAGAAAACCACAAGUUUCAGAAAGAAGGCAAGAAGGGUCACAGAGUAGAGGAUCCAGCUUUGGGUCUUCGCCAUAUUGUUUCCGAUAUUAGAGAGAAACACGCGUUAAAGUACAUUUACGUUUGGCACGCAAUAACAGGGUAUUGGGGCGGUGUGAGACCCGGUGUUACUGAAAUGGAACACUAUGAAUCCAAAAUGGCCUAUCCCAUUUCGUCCCCCGGGGUUCAGUCCAUUAACAAGCCUUGUGUCGCCUUGGCAACCAUCGCCAAAAAUGGUCUUGGCCUUGUGAACCCGGAGAAAGUUUUCAACUUCUACAAUGAGCUUCAUUCCUACCUCUCAUCAGCCGGCAUAAAUGGUGUCAAAGUUGAUGUUCAGAACAUUCUCGAAACACUCGGGGCAGGCCACGGUGGGAGAGUAAAACUCACGACGAAGUACCAUCGGGCACUGGAGGCAUCUAUUGCGAGAAACUUCCCUGAUAAUGGAAUUAUCUCUUGUAUGAGUCACAAUACAGAUGGUUUAUAUAGUGCCAAGAGAUCGGCUGUUAUGAGGGCGUCGGACGAUUUCUGGCCUGAAGAUCAAGCAUCACACACCAUUCACAUCGCAUCAGUCGCCUACAACACUGUUUUUCUCGGGGAGUUCGUGCAGCCUGAUUGGGACAUGUUCCAUAGCCUGCAUCCAAUGGCUGAAUACCACGGCGCAGCUCGCGCAGUAGGAGGAUGUGCAAUUUAUGUCAGUGACAAGCCUGGUCAACAUGACUUUAAUAUUUUAAAGAAGCUUGUUCUUCCUGAUGGUUCCAUCUUGAGGGCUAGACUUCCCGGAAGGCCGACAAGAGAUUGCUUGUUUUCUGACCCUGCCAGAGAUGGAAAAAGUCUUCUAAAGAUAUGGAACUUGAAUGACUUCUCCGGAGUUGUCGGGGCCUUCAACUGCCAGGGCGCAGGAUGGUGCAAGGUCGGAAAGAAGUACCUUAUUCACGAUGAACACCCGGACACGAUCACCGGAGUUAUUAGGGCCAAGGAUGUUGCUUAUCUGCACAAGGUCACAGAUGACAAAUGGACCGGUGAUGCUGUCAUAUUUUCCCAUCGUGGUGGAGAAGUUACCUAUCUUCCUAAGGAUACCUCUUUGCCGGUAACUCUAAAAUCCCGAGAAUACGAAGUGUUCACGGUGGUCCCUGCAAAGGAAUUUUCCAAUGGUGCAAGAUUCGCCCCAAUUGGUCUGAUUAAAAUGUUCAAUUCUGGAGGAGCCAUCAAAGCAUUGGAUUGCGAGUCCGGGAGAAGUGCAACAGUUAACAUGAGAGUUCGCGGUUGCGGUCUAUUCGGAGCUUAUUCAUCCACUCAACCGAAGAGUGUUAUGGUCGAUUCAGAGGAGGUAAAGUUCAACUACGAAGCGAAAUCGGGUUUGGUAACUGUUGUUUUGAGAGUCCCUGAGCAAGAAUUGUACCUUUGGGACAUAACCAUUGAGAUGUAGACUGCGGAAUGUGUGUUGUGGUUUUAGAUAUAUGAGAGAGAGAUUGGUAGGUACUUGUGUACGUCCCCAUAAGAAAAUAAUUGUAACUUUCAUGUGCAUUGUCCAAAAUCUUUAAUGGUCUCUACCAUUAAUAAAAAUAAGAAAUAAAAUGUUGGUAUUAU